AUGGACAAGUGCCGCGAGGAGGGGUGCCACCCUUACGAAUUUCACGUGGACAAGACAAGUUUUAACAAGUUCCUCGCGGACUUUGACCGCCCUGGCAGUACGAUGCGGUACACUGCUGACGCCAUGGACGUUCAGGUCGUGAAGAAAUGGGCGCUGGCCGCCGAUGACGCAUACGGCACGAGCAUCGCGCUGUUGGGGCUGAUCGUGUGCGCCCAUUUCAAGUCCCUGCGGACAUGGGGCGUGAUCAAUCGCGCUUUCCAGCGCACUGUGAAUUGGGCCCGUCUGAAGGAAAAGCUCAUCCUCUGCGGAACCCUGUGGGGCAACAAAACCAGCCAUGCAAUUUAUUCGGGUGCUAACAUGAGCGGCAGUGGCCUCCCGCCUCGCGGCCGGACCUUCCACGACCGGUUCCCUCACUGGUUCAAAGUCGUGCAGCAUAGUCGCCCGUUCAAGCAGAACUGCCACCUGCUCCGUCGCGGUGUCCGGUCUCUUCAAGACGGGCGGAAGCUCAGAAAACAAUUGGAGAGCGUGCGCUCGGUCGUCCCUGGCCUUCUCGGGCCGUACCACUUCAAGAUGUUGAUGGACUUCCUCGUGGCUGCAGAUUCUCGGGGAGGCGCGGCGAAAGGCUUGCGAUACCUGGCGAACAUCGACGAGGAUACCAACACGGGGGAGAAGCAGUUGGAGAAAAUGCUGGUGGAAGUCGCCCACCGAGUGGCGGUCCAGUCGUUAACUUGGAGCGGCCCCGGGGGUGACACACUGGGCACAGUGGGCGCAGCCUUGUGCUGGAUCAAACGCCAGAACACUGCGGCAUCUUCGUCAUCUUUUGCCAACCGCUUCGAGGAGACCAGCCAGCCCCUGUGGGAGCGCGAGCUUCGCGCAUUAGCGGAGGUCCCGUUUGGCAUGGUGUCGGAGCCCCUAGACUCGUUUGACAUGGUGUCGGGCCCCUUGGCGGCCUCUCUCGGCCCGCGCCGCCGCGGCGGCGGCACGGCCGUGGCGAUGUUCGGCGCCGCGGGGGCUGGCGCGGGCGCCCCGCCUGGCCCGCCUGGGUUGGGCCCUGGUGGGGGGCUCCUCGGCGUUGGCGGCGGCGGAGCGCUGGGCGGCUUUCUGGGGCUGCCGCCUGGCGUCGGCGCCCUGCUCCCGCCGCCGCCUGCCGGAGUGGCCGCUGGAGCUGCCGCGGCCGCGGGCGGAGCCGCCGCAGGCCCCGCAGCACCAGGAGGCGGAGGCAAGGCGGCGGCGAAGCCCGGGAUGGGCGGCAAGGGCGGCAUGGGCGGCCCAAUGGGCGGCAUGGGCAAGCCGCCUGCCGCCCCGCCGCCCGCUGCAGGACGCGGCAGAGGUGCCGGCGCUGGAGCAGGAGCGCCAGCGGCCAUGGGGGGCCCCGCGGUGCCGGGCCUGAUCCCAGGGAUCCCCGGGGUGGGAGCCCUCGUGGGGCCACCCGCUCACGCUGGGGGUGGAGCCGGCCUCGCCGUGGCAGGGCAGGCCGCCCACGCGGUGCCAGCCGCCGCCGCGCCUGUGCCCUUGGGCUGGCAGGCAGGCAUGCCCGUGGCGGGCGGGGCGCUGCCGCAGUUCGGAGCAGCGUUCGCCCAGCCAGCGGUGGCGGGGGUCGCGGCGGCGGCGCAGCAGGCUGGGCCCUGGGUAUACGUGCCCAUGGCGCCCCAGGCAGUGACCCACGGCCUCCUGGGGCUGAGUGCCGGUUGCCGCGUCGAGCUGGUGAUGUACGAUGCUGCCUGUCAGCCGAGCAGGACGACGACGAUGACAGUGACAGGGCUCUACCCACCUGACGCGGCAGGGGAGUUCGUGGAGUGCGCAGUGGAGAGCAGCAGCGACCCUCUCUACCUGCCGAUCCUGCAGGGCAUCUUUGCGAUGGGAAGCAGCGUGGUGCACCUCUGCACCCAGGGCGUGGCGACAUGCUGUCGCACGACCGCCUGGCCAGGGCGCAACGUGGUGCACUCGGACACGCUGCGCGUGCUGGGGGCGGCCGGGCCUGGAGGCGGAGCCGCUGAUGGCGCUGGAGCUGCCCCGCCUGGCGCCCUCCCUGCAGGAGCUGCGCCGCCCGCCGCUGACGCAGGCCCAGUGGUGCCGGGUAAGAACGCAGGUGGGGCCCCCAAGGGCUCAGGCGGUGCCGACGGUGAGGACGUCGAUGGCAAGACGGCCGAGGAGAUGAGGAAGAUCGUCAAGAGGCUGAAGGAGAAGCUUCAGAGGAAGCGCUCGAUGGGCGAGGCGCUGGCCGAGCGCGCGGAGGCUGCGCUGGAGGGCCGCCGCAGCCGCAAGAAGCAGAAGAACAGGGACAAGGAUAGUUCUGACAGUGCGAGUUUUGACGAGGCCCCGACCGCUGGUUCCGGCCGCCGAGUGCAGAAGCUGGCCCGCUCCGACCCCGGGGCGCUCAUGGCGGCGGGUUUGAAGCAGAUCCGUGAAUACUUGGCGCAGCGGGGCGGGGCCGACAACGAUGAUGAGCUGGAUAAGAUGGCGUCCAACGUGGUGCAGUAUAUCACGAGCGUGUGGCACGGCAUGCACCCUCAGAGCGAGAUGGGCGUGCGGAAUGUGCGCGAGAUGAGGAUGGUCGGGGAGUGCUUGGACGCCCUCACGAGGGGCGAUCUGCCACAGCUGGGCGACAUGCUGAUGCAGAGGCUGAAGGCCAUCGAGCAGGCCACCAAGGACGGGCACUGGAAGGUGGCCGAGCACCUCGAGCUGGUCGACUCCACCGACAUCGGGCUGGCCAGCAGCGCCGAGGUGUCGGCGGCCGUGGCGACCUACUCGGAGGGCGCGAAGCUGAAGGAGCGCCUCACUCGAGCGGGCAGUGAGGAGAGCGUCGCCGAGCCCGGCAGCCGGGACAGGUUCGAGGACGACGUGACCACGGAGGCGAAGGCAGGCAACAAGGGCAAGCCGAAGGGCGACAAAGGGCAGCGCCGCGGGACGCCACCUUGGCGCUCGUGGAACCCGAAGGGCAAGGGCGGCACGAAGGGUCAGGCCCGUGGCAAGGGCAAGGCGUGUGACUGCACGUCCGACGGCAGCUGGGAGUCCGAGAUCACCUUCUCCUCGUACCUUGAGGAUGAGUGCAACGGCGCCGCUCAUGGCGCAGUCUCGGACGAGCCGUCCACGCGAAUUCACGACUAUCCCUACUUGAACCAGACGCGUGCCGCCAGUGAGCUGGGCAGUCUCUGUGGAGCUCCAGUUCGUGUUGUUGGACGCCGUCUAGCUGAUCUCAGUACUUCUUCGCCCGCGUCGAGCGGGGCACUUGGCAAUUUUGAUGCGAAAUCGUACGAUGAUAUCCUCUCACCACUGACCGCAGGGAACGGACGGCGUGACUUGCUGCCGUUGCCCUGCGUCGAUCUGACGAUCGAGGAGUUGAGCAUGAACGGCGUUGUGUUCGGCGAAUCGAAGCCAGUCGAUCCCUCCUUCGAGGACGACCUGAACGGCUGGCUGAAGCUCACCGUCCUGAGCCUGAACUUCCAGUACGCGCUGGGGGGCAAGCACCCCGGUCUCAAGAUGGCCCCCUGGGAGGUGAGGCACGGGCCCGCCAGCGCGGUGCAGCUGAAGGCCCUGAGGUUGCUGGCCAGGAGUGUGGGCACGUUCUUGUGCCAGUACGAGGGCUCCGUGGCGAACCUCGACUGGACCCAGGAGCUGAAGUCGUCGGCAGUGAGCUACACGGGCAUGGAGGUGUACCCAGCCGAGCAGCUGGACCGCGAGCGCCUCUUGCUCGCCCUGCCGCCGAAGGAGGCUUGCGGCUCGGUGCUGGCGACCGAGGUGAGCGAAGGAUGGAUAAGGAGCGUGCUGGAGCACCCGGAGUGGGUGAUGAAGAGCCCCGCGGAGCUGGGCGAGAUGCCCAAGACCCCGCGCGUCUGGGCCGAGGAUGACGAGUGGGAGCUCAUCGCGGCCGAGCUCGUGAACAGGGGCAUCCUCGUCCCGAUCGAGGCCGACGAGAUCGUGAAGGUCAAGGGCCGUCGCGUGCUGGGCGGCCUCUUUGGUGUACGAAAGUCGGGACACGCCAAAGACUCGGGGCCGCAGCGGCUGGUGAUGAACAUCAUCCCGAGCAACUGGAUGCAGGAGACGGUCCAGGGGGACAUGGGUCUCCUCCCGACGACAGACAAGUGGAAGAGCAUCAUCUUGAGGAGCGGCGAGGUGAUGAUGAGCUCGUCGGAGGACCUCAAGUGCUGCUUCUACGUGUACCGGUUGCCCGCGGUGUGGCACAAGUACAUGGCGCUCUCCAAGAAGGUGAGCAGGUCCUGCAUCGGUCUCGACGGGACCGGCGAGGUGCACGUGGCCGCGGCCGUGAUCCCGAUGGGCUGGGUGUCGGCGACAGGCAUCAUCCAGCACAUCCACCGGCGGUUGCUUCGUGAGUGGCUGGAGGGAGUGCCUCCGCUGCCUGAGGAUCGUGAAUUGCGGCGUGACCUUCCUCUGCCUCCACAUCGCGAGAGGGGCUCGGUGGUCUCUCAGGGCGAGGCGAGGCCGCCGGUGCGAGGCGAGCUGGGCCGAUCCUACAGCGACGAGCGCCCACAGGUGUACAUCGGUCGCACAGGGCAGCGGUACGGCUUCUCCCCCUCCAAGUGGGCGAACCCCUUCAAGGUGACGAAGAUGAUGCCGAGGAGCGAGGCCAUCGCGAACUACGAGAGCCACCUGCGCGACUCGCCCGAUCUGCUGGCCUGCUUGCCCGAGCUCUCGGGCUGUCGCCUCCUGUGCCACUGCAGGCGAGGGCAGCGCUGCCACGGGGACGUGCUGGUCAAGGUGUGGUCGGAGACGGUGCCGAAGGCGACGAGAGGAGUAGACACGCUCAUGCCGGAGGGUGCUGGUACGGCUUGCUGGGUAGUGUGGCAGGUGUACAUCGACAACCUUGACGUGCUGGAGGUUACCGACGAGGUCUCCGCGGCGGCGCUGAAGGCACAGGGCCCCCCCGAGGUGGUGCAGCUGGCUUGCGAGAGGUACGCGCAGCGGGGCGUGCCCAGGAGCGAGGAUAAGGCAGUGUGCCGCGAGCCUGUCAGUCAAGCUUUGGGCGAGCUCAUUGACGGCACGAGGGGCGUGAUCAGCCCGCCCCUGGAGUUCGUGUACCGCCUGCUGGGCCUCACCUUCGCCACGCUAGAUCGGAGUGUGCUGACUCAGACUUGGCUGCAGGUGGUGGCGGGCCGCUGGGUGCGAGCGAUGAUGUUCAGGCGUGAGACGAUGUCCGUGUUCGACGACCUGUGGCGUGCCGUGGUGCGCUGGAGAGGCGAGCGCAGGUUGCCCGCUCCCGUUCAGAGGGAGCUGCUGCUGGCCGUGGGGCUCCUGCCGCUCAUGAGGUGCGACCUCAGGACGCCCGUGAGCGGGCUCGUCACCGUGUCCGACGCCAGCAUGCGCAAGGGGGCGGUGUGCCGGGCUGUGCGCCUGUUCCCACACGGCGUUGAGGCAGCCAAGGCUUCUCGCAGGCGCCAGGUGGGGCGGCUGCAGGACGAGGGCGUGCUGCUGUCGCUCUUCGACGGGAUCGGAGGUGGAAGGCGGGCCCUCGACAUGCUGGGGCUGAGCGUGGCCGUGUAUGCCGCGUCGGAGACGGACCCAGAGGCCUGCCGCGUGGUGAAGUACGCGUGGCCGGACGUGGUGGAGCUGGGCGACGUCGCAAAGCUGAGCGCGCAGGACAUCGCCAAGAUCCGGGACAGGGCCCCUCACGUGCGCUGGGUUCUCCUUUUUGCUGGAGCUCCCUGCGUGGACCUCACCAGGCUGAGCGUCGACAGGCAAGGGCUGUCAGGAGCGAGGUCGGGCCUCUUCUACGAGAUCAAGCGGGUGAAGUCGCUGGUGAAGGAGGUGUUCUCCGUGGAGGUCGAGGUGUUCGACUUGAUCGAGAAUGUGUCCUCCAUGACGGCCGAGGAUCGCGACACGAUGUCAGAGCACAUGGGGCUGGCCCCGGUGAUGAUCGAUGCCGCCGACAUCUCCCACGUUCGCCGAGAGAGGCUCUACUGGUGUGACACCGACCUCAUGACGCCGUGGCAGGGCGAAGUCAGUGUGAAGAGUGAGGUGGUGAAAGUGACGAUCCCUGGAGGUCCAGGCCCGCUGGGCCGCUGGCUGCGCCCUGGGCGAGAGUGGUCAGGAGCCGAGGUUCCUGAGCAGCGUCUGCCCACCUUCGUGAGGUGCAUCCCGCGCGGGCGUGCCGGCGACAAGCCGAAAGGCCUGCACCAGUGCAGCGAGGCCGAGCUGGAGCGUUGGCGGAGGCACGACUUCUGCUACGCGCCGUACCAGUUUCGAGAUCCUCACUGUCUUCGAUGGCAAGGAGGUGCGCUGGAGCCUGCCGACUCCUUUGAGAGAGAGAUGUUGAUGGACUUUCCACCUGGGCACACGGCGACAGCGCGGGCCACAAGAUUCCGCAAGCUGGCUGAGCUCGAGGUGGUACGAUGCGCCCUGCUGGGCAACUCGUUCCAGUGCGGCGUGGUGGCCUGGAUAGUGGCGCACUGGGCUCACCGACACGGCUACCUGGACACGGUCCCCACGAUAGCGGAGGCGCGCGCGGUCGGAGGCGCCUUCGACGCUGCCGAGGGCCUGGUGCAGGUGGCCAAGGAGGGCGACGACAGCGGGGUCGUGAUCAGGGACCGUGGCCUCGAAGAGGCCGAGGCGCAGGCGGACCCAAGCAUUCAGAUCGUGGAGGAGCUGAUCCGGCGAGCUGAGGUGAGGGGCUCGGACGUGCGCCUCGACACGCUGGAGGUCAUGCGCCCUGACUUGUGGCCACGCCGCCCGAUCAGCGUGAGCCGCUGGACGUGGAAGACAGUGCUGGUCUGGAAGUGGAGGUGGAAGAGCCACAUCACGGCGCUGGAGGUGCUGAGCACGCUGGCAGGCCUUCGCUGGCGCUUCAGAGUGGGCCAUCACCUUGGCACGAGGUUCGCUCAUCUGAUGGAUUCGCAGGUUGGACUUGGUGUGAUAUCGCGGGGGCGCUCGUCCUCGCAUCUGCUCAACGCAGCCGUCAAGAGGAUCUCAGCUCUGGUCCUGGCGGCGUCGGCAAGACCGAUUUACGGGUACACCGAGACGGACAAGAACCCAGCCGACGACCCCUCGCGGGAAGGCGGCCCGUCAGGUAACAGCAAUGCCGAGAUGCCACAAAGAGCACCACCCAUGCCAGAGUAUGUGCUGAUGUCACUUGCCACGGUGGCUCGGUCCUGGAGUCGAAACGACGUGGCGGUGCUGCUUGUGAUUGGCUACUCCGUAUUUUUGCGAACAAUGGAGCUUCUUACUCUUCGUAAGUGGCAGCUGCAGUUCAGCAACGACGGCCUCAGCCUUGUCAUAGCCCUGCCGGUGACCAAGGCAGGCAAGAGACGGCACUGCGAGGAGUCGGUCACACUCCACGACGCUAGGACAAUGGCACGGGAAGUGCUGCGGGGAGCUGCGGGCGCGCGGGCUUCUGCAGACAGAUUGGUGUACAAGUUAAAGGACGAGCUUGGUUCAUCGAGGAGAGAGAUCGCCAGGCUGCAGGACCUGCUGCAUCGCAAUUCCGCCAGCGACCCACACGAAGAGGAGCUGCUCCGCCGCUGGGGAGGUAUCAAGCCCGUCUUGCGGGCCCAGCUCCGAGCCCGCGACGGUGUCGAGACAUCCCUGACGGACGCCGACAUCCUGUGCCGCAACAAUUCUGAACAUGCUGCCGCUGCGCCGAACCCUGCGGCCCGCUGCGAGGAGCUCAGACGCGACCAGAAGGCGGAGCGCCUGGCCCCGCCACGGGCCUUGGUUGGGCGCACAAUUUCGGUGAAGGAGCUGCGUGCCGACGCCGAUGCCUUCAUUCCCUCUUGCGGAGUGUGGGAGGCGCUGGACUGCAAGGAGCCCUUCCCGCUGCAGGGCGAGCUGGAUGAGGGACACUGGGGCAUGCGCUGCACCUGCGGUGCCGUGGCGUUCUCUGGCGAGCUGUUCGCCUGCCGAGGACAAGGCCGCAGGGAGACGGAGCCCCGUCAUCCAGAUAUUGUUGCAGCUGAAAGGGCCAUGAAGGUCGCGGCGCUCGAGCGGAUCGACUACGAGCAGUGGGUCAACGCGCCCGCGCGGGCGCUCGGCAGCAGGCACCUCCAGGCGCGGCCGUUCGUGCGCAAGGUGGAGCGGCUAGCCCAGGCGGGCCGCGCGGGCGCCUCCGUGCCCGACACCUUUUUCGUGGAGCAGCAGGUCGUGAGGAACGACCCCGAGGCCGAGGAGGAGCUCGACGAUGCGUCACUCGUGCGGGCCCUCGGCGAAUCGAUGCGCGCGCUGGACAGCGUGCUGCGGGACUACCAGUUUGGGCGUGCAGGCCACAUCCGCGGCCGCCGAGGCUUGCGGGCGCUCGCGAAGGCGCGGUUUGGCCGCGCGUCGGAUUCCAGGCGAGCCGCCGAGGGCGGCGACCGCUGUGCGCGAGGCACGGCGUGCGCGGCGCGCGGCGCCGCGGGCGGGGCGCCCCCCGGCCGUGAGCGCCAUGCCCUGGCCGCGAGCGCCAUGCCCCGGCCCCCCUCGCGCGGGCCGUGGCCCGCGCUGCUGCUGGCUGCGGCGGCCGCGGGGGCCCUGCGCUGCGGGCAGGCCGCCUGCGCCGAGGAGUUCUGCCCAUGCACCUGCAGCACAACCACAGCAACAUCUACCAUGACUUUCAGCAGCAUGUCAAUCACGGCCACCACUGGUACAUCGACUGAGACUGCCACAAGUUGGACAGCGACGAGAACAACAUCCAGCUCUCUGACAAGUACCAGCACUCUGACACGUACUAGCACUUCGGCUACCAGAAGCAGUUCGACAGAGAGCAGCAAGUCCACGAGUGGGACCAGCAGCGCGAGUCAGAGCAGCACGACGGGGACAGGCACGACAGGGACCAUAAGCAGUACGACGGAGAGCAGCAGCUCCACCUUGAGCUCCGCGAGUGGGACCAGCAGCGCGACCGAGAGCAGCAGCAGCAGCACGACGGAGAGCAGCAGCUCCACCUUGAGCUCCACGAGCGGGACCAGCAGCACGAGUGAGAGCAGCAGCAGCAGUACGACGGAGAGCAGCAGCUCCACCUUGAGCUCCGCGAGUGGGACCAGCAGCGCGAGUCAGAGCAGUACGACGGGGAGCAGCAGCUCCACCUUGACCUCCGCAAGUGGGACUUCUAGCACCAGCCAUAGCAGCACGACGGGCACCAGCACAAGUACGACGGAGAGCAGCAGCUCCACUGUGACCUCCGCGAGUGGGACCAGCAGCACGACCGUAUCCAGCAGCAGUUCGACGGAGAGCAGCAGCUCCACUUUGAGCUCCACGAGUGAGACCAGCAGCGCGAGUCAGAGCAGCACGACGGGGACAGGCACGACAGGGACCAUAAGCAGUACGACGGAGAGCAGCAGCUCCGCCUUGAGCUCCGCGAGUGGGACCAGCAGCACGACCGAGAGCAGCAGCAGCAGCACGACGGAGAGCAGCAGCUCCACCUUGACCUCCGCGAGCGGUUCCAGCAGCACGAGUGAGAGCAGCAGCAGCAGCAGUACGACGGAGAGCAGCAGCUCCACCUUGAGCUCCACGAGUGGGACCAGCAGCGCGAGUCAGAGCAGCACGACGGGGAGCAGCGGCUCCACCUUGACCUCCGCAAGUGGGACUUCUAGCACCAGCGAUAGCAGCACGACGGGCACCAGCAGCAGUACGACAGAGAGCAGCAGCUCAACCUUGAGCUCCGCGAGUGGGACCAGCAGCGCGAGUCAGAGCAGUACGACGGGGAGCAGCAGCUCCACCUUGACCUCCGCGAGCGGGACUUCUAGCACCAGCCAUAGCAGCAGGACGGGCACCAGCACAAGUACGACAGAGAGCAGCAGCUCCACUGUGACCUCCGCGAGUGGGACCAGCAGCACGACCGUAUCCAGCAGCAGUUCGACGGAGAGCAGCAGCUCCACUUUGAGCUCCACGAGUGGGACCAGCAGCUCGAGUCAGAGCAGCACGUCGGGGACAGGCACGACAGGAACCAUAAGCAGUACGACGCCGAGCAGCAGCUCCACCUUGAGCUCCGCGAGUGGGACCAGCAGCACGACGAGGACCCUGACGACAGGUACAAGAAGCAGUACGACGGACAGCAGCAGCUCCACCUUGACCUCCGCGAGUGGGACCACCAGCACCAGCCAUAGCGUCACGACCAUAUCCAGCAGCAGUACGACGGAGAGCAGCAGCUCCACCUUGAGUUCCACGAGUGGGACCAGCAGUACCACCGUAUCCAGCAGCAGUUCGACAGAAAGCAGCAGCUCAACUCUGUCUUCUGCGAGUGGGACCAGCAGCAUGACGGUGACCCGCACGACAGGUACACGUAGCAGUACGACGGAGAGCAGCAGCUCCACUCUGUCGUCUGCGAGUGGAGUCAGCAGCACGACUAGUUUGACCACGACAGGCACACGUAGCAGCAGGACGGAGAGCAGCAGCUCAACUUUGACCUCCGCGAGUGGGACCAGCAGCACAAGUGAGAGCAGCACAACCAGUACCAGCAAGUCCGGAACCAGUAGCAGUGCGACGGAGAGCACCAGCUACAUUACGAUCGCGUCUAGCAUCAGCUCAACAACAGCUACCACCAGUUCGGGAGGGUGGGACGAACUGAUCGUCACGCUGACCAUCUUGAACGUCGAAUACACCACGAUUCAGGCGCGGCCUUCGCUGCUGGGCGCGGUGACGGCCGCGGUCAGGGAAGCACUCGUCUCAGUGGUGGGCCUUGGUGUCACCCAGGAGCAUGUCGUCGUGGAGCUCUCGGCGGGCUCCGUGGCCGUCCACGCCGUCAUCCGCGCCCCCAGUGCGGCGUCCGCGCUGGGCGCCGCCCCAGCCGACAUCGGCGAAGCCGUGGUGGCCGAGGUGCUCUCCGUGGAUGAGAUCCAGGCCGUCGCCACCGGCCUCGUCUCCGCUGCCAACGUCUUCGUCUCCGCCCGCGGGGCAGGGAACCCCGACGCCACAGCCCCCGGCGGCAGCGACGGCGCUGGCCUCUGGCCCCUCAGCGGCUCGCCGGGCCUCUCCAAAUCGCGCGUCGGGGCCCGCCCUCGCCGGGAGCGGCGGCCUCCCCGCCGCGGCGGCGGCUCCGGGGCUCCAGGGCGCGCUCGCGGUGCUCUGCGGCCUGGUCGCGGCGCACGCCGCCGCCGCCCUGGCGGCGUGGCGGUCCGCCAGGAGCAGCUGCUCCGUUGCCCCGGACCCCGUGGGCGGGGCCGACGAGGCGAGCGGCGGCGCCGCCGCGCAGGGCAGCGAGGCCAAGGCCCUGGCCGAGGAGUGGGCCCACGGCGACCUCGGCGGCGGCCUCGCGGCCCACUUCGCGGUGGAGUGCCUGCUGGUGGUGCUGGCCGCCCGCGUAGGUCUCUGCGACCUGCGGCUCGCCGAGCUCGAGCGGGCGGCCGGCGCUCCCGGGGGCAGGCCGCCCUGCAAGCGGCCGGCGGUGUGCCUCGCGGUGCGGCGCCGCCUCCUCGGCACCCUCUCCGUCGAGCAGCGCCGCGCCAGCGGCGCCGGCGGUGGUGUGCGCGGCGGGGCGCGCCGCUUCUGCGGGGACUGCUGGCAGCUCUUCCGGGAGGCCCACCCGCUGCUGCGGCUCGGCCUCCGCAGCGUGGGCGUCACGUGGCAGUGGCGAGUGGCGCUGCUGUCGUGCGCGUCGUUCUGCCCGCUGGCGCUGGCGAUGCUCUGCCUCGCAGUGCUCGUCAAGGAGAGCCCGCCGCGCGGCGUGGUGGGCGUCGCCGCGGGCCUGGUGUCCACUGCGUGGGCGGCCACGGUGGAGCGCGCCGGGCACGCGCGCGGGCAGCGCGGCCUGCGCGCGCGCCAGCCAGCGGCGCAAGCGGCGUGGAUGCUCUCCGGCAGCUGCGCGCUGCUCAUGGUGGGCUUCGCGGGCGCCGCUGA